AUGGCCGAGGAAAAGACCUACGUUCUCCAGACUGCUGGCUUUGACGCCCGUUUCCCCAACCAGAACCAGACCAAGCACUGCUGGCAGAACUUUGUCGACUACCACAAGUGUGUCAACGCCAAGGGCGAGGAGUUUGCUCCCUGCCAGCAGUUCAAGCGCGCCUACCAGUCGCUCUGCCCCAGUGCGUAUCCGUUCGCUCCUUGGCGAACAAUGGAGCGGCCGCAAGGCCACAACACGGCGCGCGCAAAUGGCGUGUCGUCGUUGGAGCGCCGAGCGGCCGACUUUGUCCGCCAGGCCCACACACCAUAUGCUGACGCUGUCUCCGCAGACGAGUGGUCGUCCAAGUGGACCGACCAGGUCGAGAACGGCACCUUCCCCGCCUCGCUCGACCCUUAG